AUGGAGAAAUUGGAGCAGUUAUUUGCGGAGUACAACAUAACCGCUGUCGUGGUGAAUGGUAAACAGUUGCUUGACCUAACCAACAAGUACGCCGAAACUUUGGAAGCAAUGCCGAAGCUGGAGCUUGUUUCUUGUGUGGAAAAUGCCAAAGAGAUAGUUGAAGUGAUCAAUCAACCGACAAAAGGAGAGGUUCGUCGUUUCCAAGGCCCUGGCAGAUCGACUGAGGCGGCUAUAUUGAUUCAAGCUCAUGUUCGUCGGCUCCAGGCGCAGAAACGUUUUAUGGAAUUCAAACGCCGGACAGCUGCAGCGAACAUUAUCCGUGCUGCAUGGUUGCGUAGAAACUGGGUCAAAAAGAUUCGCAAGUCUCUGUUAGCGACCCGAGCAAUGCAAGCGCUUCUUUCGCAGCAGAGGUUAAAGACUCUGGAGCAGAACUGGGAUGAGUUCAUCAGAAAUGAUCACGUGUUUGUCCAUAUCCCGUCCGUCGGAUACUCAGAACAAAUGCGACGCUCCUUACGCGAUUCCGGGGAUCUGCAUCACAUGGAAGUCCGUCAAAUCGCUCGUUUGUGUGAGGUCAGAGGACACACAACACAUGUAGUCCUGGUUACCAGAGCCUCCAUCCCGGAUGAGUUGUUGGAGUAUUACGACCAGCUACUGGGCUUGGCGGGGGCUAUUCGAACAGGAGAGGAGAAAGACCGUUGUUCGCAAAGCACUCGAUUCCGGAUCAUUGUUCCAGAGGCCGUGAAACAAUUCCAAUCUCCGGCUGCACCUCCGCUGUGCUUGUCGAGUCUACUGAAAUAUAGUUCCAAUGCGCUCAAGAAUAUUCGAUCUUUCAUCGUCGGGCGGCCAGCUAUUAUCGUCCCCGGAGUGGGAGCACAUCCAGAUGACUUUGCUGUUGCCGCAGAGCUUGGAAUACCGGUGUGGACUGCCAGACCCCAAGUUUUCCAUCUGUUUGCGAGACAAUCGACCUGCAGAAGACUGGUAAAACAACUGUCGGAAACGAAGUCAUACGGCGCCGGAUUGCUCACAGGCAAAUUCAGUACAGUUAGCCGCAAGCGAGCAAACGUGAGAGGGGGUUUACCUGAGGCGACAGGCCAUAGCCAGACGGAUGGGAAGAGUUCGGAACGACUACAACCCGACAGACCGGUGUUACAACCGCCCGGUGAUUAUGAUGUUUACACACUGGACAGAGGAGAAGGCUUGCCACCAUCACGUCCUGGAACACUGCCGUAA